AUGAUCGAGAGCGUCGAGAGUCAGUUGCACAUAGCCGAGAAUUUCCAGAAACUCCAGGGGUGGUUGUUUGCCAGUGGCUAUGUAGUGACAGAUGUCCCAGCAGAUGGAGAUUGUGCUUGUUGGUCAUUGCUUUCUCUCAUGCGCAAAGAUCCUUUCAUCAGUUUCCGUGACAAAGCGUGCAAAGAGGCUUGCCAGCAGAUUCGGGAAGAUCUUGUUCAGCUGUGGAAGUCAGUGUCCAAAAAACCACAAUGGCAGCGCUUCUACGAAGAGCUUUCCUUUGACCCGGAGCAGCCAGAGGUGCCUCAGACUAGAGAAGAAGAACAGAACCUGAGUCACAGUCAGACAUCAGUGAAGUCAGAAAUGCUCAAAACUCCAUCCAAGAGGAGGCCACAGCCAACAAUACACAUUGACUUGCUUACACCAGAAAAGGCUCCCGAGGCACAUCACAGGCUGGAGGUGGUGUGCAAUCAGAAAGGAGCUAUAGAUCUAAAGAAGAAGAAGAGAAGCGAAAUUGACAUCCCAUCUGCUUCACAGAAGCGUGCCAAGUUGCCUGCAGCUGAGGCAGCUGAGGGUGAUGGUCAGGUCAUGCCUCCCAAAAAAGAGAAGGAAGACGCAAAAGUGAACAGUUCAAGACAAGCAUUUCAGACAAAAAUGGAGAACGAGUUUCCUUUGGAUGAAGGCAGACAGAGCAAGAGGACAGACAUCAAAAAGAAACCAAAAGACGAGAGAAACGAAGAAGAUAAAGCCAAAGGUGAAGAGACAGCAGAGGCAGAGGGCAAACAGAAAAAGAAACGACAAAGAACAUGCAAGAGCAAAGUGAAGACUGCAGAGGAACGAAAGCUUGCUGCAGUAAAAGCAUAUCUCGCUUCCAAGGGAAUCACGUGGCCUUUCUGCCAAAAGUAUCAUCGGCGGCUCGGCUUACCAGGUGCUCAUGAGUGCAAGUCAUUGACAAACCUACAUGCAUCACUCAUGAAGCUGGAGGAGCCUUCCUGCACAACCUGUUUGGCCAUGCUCAAGGCCCACUCAGCUUCUUUGGAGGAGUUGAAGAUGUCUUUGGAGGAAGCAGUAGACAAAGAAAAGUAUCCAGAUUCCCCUGGAAUCUCGCAGCUGCGGAAGGUGAGCGCUGCCACUUUUCUGGAUGACAUUGAAGUUGAGAAAUCGACCCCUGUGCCAAUUGAACCAGACCAGAGCAGAGCAUUGGAUCCACUAGACCCGCAGAACCUGCAGAUGGAGUUGAACGUGAAAGAUGAGGAGGAGAACCUUGAGGAGAACAUGGAGGCUGAGGAAGAUCCUUUUGUCACAGUCAAUCGGUGUCCAUACCUGGAGCUUUUGCCGCCAAACACGUGUGACCGUCGCUUUCCCAUUCGCUGUCUCUUGUGCAAGUCCCACGCGCAACCAUUGGGCAGGGUCUUCGAAGGAAGUGCCCCUCGCAAGAAAGUGGUAGACAAUUUCGUACGACAACACCUCAAGGCAGUCACGCACAUAGCUGCAGCUGCCAGAGCAGCAGCAGCUCUGUCUGAACAUCCACCAAUUCAGCAGGGUCAGCAUGAUGUUCAAAACAUGUCUGCGUGUCAGGGCUUGUCACUGACACAUGGUGAAUCGUCGCUCUCUGGGGCCUUUGCCAAUGAGUUCUUGCUCUGGGCCAGGUUCACCAAGCUCGCAAAAAGCUUUACGAAGCACAGCUAUGUUUAUAGCAUUGCUGAACAGGAGGUGAAGGUUCACCACGAGGAAUGUGAAAAGGUCACUGGUGAGACUGAUGGUCAAGGAAGAUUCAUUUGCACCAUGUGUCAAAAGAACCAGUUGGUCCAAGCAUCCCUCAAGAGCGCAAUCCGUUUUGCUUUGAAACACUGGGCUGCCCGGAUUUUGCAGGCUAGGCUCUUCAAAUCUGAUGAAGCCAGGGAAGAGAUUCAGCAAGAGUUUCGCAAGACAGCCCUUUACCGGUACAACCAAAAGCGAGGGGACGAGAUUCUCAAGCAGACUGACGCUCAACUCCAGAAGUGGGUUCGACAAGCAUGGCUCAAGGUUUCCAAGGACUGCUUCACUGAUGAGUUGCUUGGAGCAGUUUAG